AUGACUGGUCAUCCAGGCGUUUUAACGCGUACGGAGCGGUCGGCUCUUUCGACACCAGCAAUAUUCCGCUAUGGACGACGACGAUCAACACCAGCAAGAGGAUUUUGGAAGAAUUCACGAAGAAGUCGUUUACGCCGAAGAGGUGGACCAACCAAGGAACGAAUCGAUCCGGCUCGACAAACGCGAUUUGGAAUGCAUCCUCCAGGCGGUCAGAACUUUGAGGGCGUGGGAAGCAUCAUAGCUUCCGUUGUACAGGAUCUCACUGUGCGGAACGAGACGCUCAAGAUCGCGGACGAACAUCCAGGAGUCUUUCAGUUUCUGGACAACAAGAGCAAAUCGGACUUGCUGAAGGUUACCGACCCACGUCUAAGCGAAUUUCUAGAAGCAGUGAAGCCAAAAGAGGAAUCUACAACUAGAAAAAGGAAACUCGGACAACCCGCGGCGCCCUUUCGAUGUCGGCACGUGACCAAGACAGAAGGAAGAGUCAGUGCAGAAAGUGCGGGCAGGAAGGACAUUGGUGGAGGGAAUGCCCACGCAACAAAUGAGCUCCUUUCGACCGGGGCAGUCCAGAAAGUAGCGCCGCAUCAGGUCCCCAGUCUACACAUACAUCCACUUUCCGUAGCCACAGAUAGCCGCCACACUAUGGCAGGAGCGAGGGAGAUUGCUAGUGCUCAAGCCCAGGAGCGGUCCCUCAGUCACAAAUGGCCGUUAUCCGCACAAGAGUCGCGUGAGUUACAAUACUGGACAUAUAGAUUAGACUCUCCCAUAAUCAGAUCUCUCAUGCCCUCGGGAGUUGAACUUUACGAUAAAGUCUUGCAAACAGAUGCUUCAGCGCACUCGGUAGGCGCUAUACUUUUAGAUGCUCAGGGUAACCAAUUGAGCACAACGCAUAGGGAACUUCCACAGAAUCUCAUUUUGGAGUCUAGCACUGCUAGGGAGCUAUUCGCAAUCGUUUUUGGCCUGAGCACAUUCGCAUCUCACAUUGACUCGGGGGUUCUAGUGAAUACGGACAGCCAAGCCGCGUCAGUAAUUCUGAGAAAAGGUAGCAUCUCUCUCACGUUACAUGAGCUAGCAGAAACGGUUUGGGACAUAGAACAACGUGAAGGCAUAAAUAUUAUAGUAAAAUGGAUUCCCCGCGAACAGAACUUGGAAGCUGACUGGGCUAGCCGAUUAAUUGACUACGACGAUUGGAGAAUAAGUAAUACCAUUUUCGAACGUCUUUCGAACAGAUGGGGCAACCCCAACAUUGACAUGUUUGCUAAUGACAGAAAUACCAAAUGUGAGAUGUUCUUUUCUAGCUUCCCGUGCCCCAACACAGCUGGAGUGGACGCUUUCAUGCAAGUCUCCGCAUGGACCAAUGGCUUCUUAUGGUUAGUUCCUCCCGUCUCUCUAGUGUCUAAAGCCCUGAAAUGGGCGCGUUUUUAUGGAUCUAGAGGAAUUCUAGGUUGUCCUCUUUGGUUUUCUCAGUCAUUUUAUCCUAUACUCAAGCCUGAUGCACCUCGGUUUGAGGAAGGAGCGGCGCUCGCAACGGUAGCAGACCGGUUAGGCCUCCAGAAUGUUAGCAGAACAAUCUACAAGGCGCUACGCUCAGACAGGGCGUCUUCUACCUUCGCGUGCUACAGCGCCGAACUGAGGAAAUUUUUGUCCUGGAAAGGGAGUGACGCCCUAGCAGCUAUUCCCCUAGAGAAGGCGCACAAUCUUUAUCUAGCGAAAUGUGCACACGAAGGUAGAAAUAAGUCUUUACCAGUACUAACGGCCGCCCUCAAUUAUUUUUGUGGCCCGUUGACGGGAGUCGAUCUAGACAUCCAGCAGUCGAUAUUAGAAGCGGAACGCAGAUCUUCACCCGAAACCACGCAUCGUACGAAAAUCGACCAACAAUCAAUGCGGCGGCUGGUUCUGGAAGGAUUGGACUCUGCGGAUUACAAGGUUACCCAAGCAGCAGCGCUUGCUCUUCUUCAAUUCAAAGCCUUUUUGAGAAUCAGUGAGGCUCAGGCUCUCCGGUCAGUCGACCUAACGUUUGUGGGAGGAGGAUACUACAGCCUGAAAAUUCGAAAAUCCAAGACGGACCAAGCGCAAGUACCUAGGGGUGGAGCAGCAUCGCUCGCUCUUAGCCUAGGUGCCGAACAAACCGCGGUGAUGCUGGCCGGUAGAUGGAAAACGAUCAACGCCUUUCGAUGCUACGUGGCUCCCAAGGCAAUUCCACUACCAACAGACCCCACCUUCAGCGCAGCUCCUCACCUAUCAAAACAGAAAGACAGGAAGGCAGCGCAAUUGACUUUGGAGUCGGUGAAACCAAGAAACAUGCGCAUGCUCACAGCAGCAGUAUUUGCUAGUCUUCUUUGGAUAGCGCAUUCAGGAAAGCUACAAAUCGAGCUACAUAGAGAUAAAUGCUAUAACGCUGAUCUCAAAGAUGGCGAUCUGUUUAUUCGAAAAGUUCAUAUAAUCGCCGUGAACAACGAGACUAGAAGAAAGCAAUUUAAUUGGUACUCCGGCAAAUGCGACUACAAGCCAUUCGUUGAUCCUGUGCUAAAGUUGGAAGGAAAUUUUGAUUUCCACGCAAGCUACUUCAAGGACGCAGCAUUCGUUGUUGGAUUUCUCGUGCAGCGAGGAAAGGAAACUCGUGAAAACGACAAUCCUAUGGUGUUCGUUCACAGCGAUUACGAGACGUGCGGUGGAGAGUCAGUCAAAAUUAAAACUGGAAGCGGUUCUGACUUUUCCAAAAUGUACUCGAAUAGUCCUUUCCGACCUGGUCGCAUUGUGGUUAAUGUGUAUGAAGACGACUGGACAUUCCGUAAAACUUUAGUACACUAUGAACCUCCUGCUGAUUGUUAUGCCACGGAUACAUGGAUAGCCAAUGAAGGCUUCUACCUUGUGGAUCCGGAGAUGAAGGUGUUGUAUCCAAUUUACUACGAUAUGUGGGCUGAUGAUGUGUUCAUUAUGUGAUUCUUGUUGGAA